AGCUCCAAUUCCUCCAUCACUGCCAUCACUUCUUCUUCUUCUCCUCCUGUCUUCUUCUUCUUCUUCUUCUUUCUCCUCGUCUUCUUCUUGCAAUUGAUAAAAUGAUAAGUUUUAGAAAGAUGAGCUUCCUUCUUAUUUGCGUCUUCUCUACAGCUCUACUGGCGAGCCUCCUCAUCCCUUACUCCUCCGUCCACCUCCGCAACUCCACCUCUCUUUAUCGCCUCUGGAUCACCUCCCAGCUCAUCGUCCUCAUCAUCUGGAAGAUUUCCCCCGCCAAAUCCGACGCCGACCAACCCCAACAGAGGACGGAGCUCGACCUGCCUCCCGGCGUAGAGGACCCGGCACUGGAGCUGAGCUGGUACUCCCCGCCAUCCAACGAGCCGGCGGCGCCGGAGGAGGCCGAGAGGGAAGUGGCGAUUUCGACCGAGAACCCCUCGAUGGACGACGCGUGGCGGGCGAUCGUCGCAGGGAGGGGCAAGCCGGUGCUGAGGAAGAGCGAAACUUGGGAGCGGCGCGGGAGGGGGGAGGCGGAGAGGGCGGCGGCCGCAGCCUUGAGGAGGUCGGACACGGCGAAGGGGUGGAGACGGCGAGAGAAGCUGGUGGAGAGCCAGGAGGAGCUGCUCCAGCGCGUGGAGAAGUUCAUCGAGAAGCAUUACGAUCACCUCCGCCUUCAGAAGCAGGAGUCGGAGAGCCGCCGCUUCUUGGAGAGGCAGCUUCUUCGUCACUAGCCAGAACACCAUGCAUCUCAUCUAAUUGUGCAGAGCCAGAGCAUGCAUCGACUCAAUCGAACUGCCGAUUCCUGUACAUACUGAAUGCUAUAUUAAAGAGCUAUCUAUGAACUCGCUGCGCCGCCUGUAAAUACGCAAAUCUUUGUGUGAUGUGUGUUUGUUUGCAUGGAAUAAUUACUGUAUUUAAGAAGUUCGAAAAUUGGACCAAUUCAGCACAAAAGGGAA